GCCUUCCAUAUAAUCAUGUAGAUAUACCGUCAACGUCAACGUGGAAAACACCGUCGAUCGAAAACGAUCGCGAAACGUACAUACACACUGUGCAUAAUCGAGGAAUCGAGAUCGACAUUCUUUCAGAUCCUGACCUCCAAAGAGCGACCACCCUCCAAAACCAAUACGAAACACUAUGCUGAGAACUAGGUAGCCGGUCGGCAGCGGACUAACCGAAGUAUCGGCGCGCACGAUCGCAUACGUAUAAUUCAAAUCGCGUUAGUUUCAAGGUAGCCGGCUGGAAAGGUAACAAACCAAUAAUCCUUCACCCCCUGAUAGCUGGAGGUUGGGCGACGACGAGAGGACGGAGCAGCCCUGAUCUCGAUCGACGCGGCACAAAGGGAGGAGAAAGGAAGGGGUCAACGGGUGGCAUCGCGCAGCUGCAGUCACGGUGGUCGACCGGCUAGCGGAAGGAAGGCGUCAGUGAACGGGGGAGCACGGAACCGAAAACCGCGGUGGUACUCUGCCGACAGUCAGACAGUCGCCGUCGUCGGUCGUGCUGCUGCUGCCUACGAGUUACCGCUGCCGAAGACACAGACAAGGAUAACGAGAAAGACGACGCGUGUUUGAAUAGUACGUGUGUCGGAGUCGAGGUGAACCGCUGGUGUUGUCGUGGCCAAGGUGUUUUACAGACGGAUCGACGCGAUAUAAGGCGCUUGUCAGAGGCGUUGAGGACGAGAGGGCGUGCAGGAGGGUGGGAGGGGGGAGGGGGAGGGCAGGCGACGGGGAAGGAUGUCGAUGCGCCGCCGGUGGUCGGUUUCGGGGGUUGACUCGCGCCGCGGGGGCGAUGAGCGCACUUCCCUCCGCCCUGAGACUGACCUGCUGCCGUUCCUGGCUCCUGCUUCUCAUCUGCUUCGUUUUCCUGGUAUCCGGCUGCAGCUGCGACACGCGCCCGGAUCGCCUGACCCGCAGAUUACUGGCAGGUGAUGACGUGCGCGGAUCCAGCUACGACGACGACGACGCCGACGACGACGUGUAUGACGACGACCAGGACUACCUCGAGCACAACAUCACUGCGGCGAAGGGGCAGUACCUGGGCUCGCCGUGCGAUGUCUCGUGCAAUCCGGAACUGCAGCACGUGUUCUGCGACACAGUCACUGGCUUCUGCGAGUGCGAGAAAUUCUAUCCAGUUCGUCUUGGGCCUACCAAAGGAUGUGCCAAACCUAAAAGACUCGGGGAGCAAUGUUUCUAUCGCGCGACUUGCACUUUUGCGGAUCAACACUCGACCUGCACCCAGGUGCAGCACAAUGCUGUGUGCGACUGCGAACAAGGUUACCAUAGGGUCGCCCUAUCCAGGCCUAACAAAAAGGUGUUUUGCGCCGAAGAUCUGGUGCUGAUAACGACCGAUAUUCCUACCCUGCUCUGCAUAGCAUCGGGAAUAGCGGUAUUCACAGCGAUGAUAUGCUUCGUGCUCAAGUUAUUCAGUCGUGCGAGAUACUCAAGGCCACGGCACUAUGCCAACGCCAAUCACGCGCCGCCCAUGUUGUUCUCUAGCGACACAGGUAUCCCACUGACGCUUCACGGUGGCCGACCAUCCUCGCGCUCCAGUCAGAGGAGCAGCACAGGGGGACCUUUGACCUACGCGUUCUCGAGGAGGCCAAGUAGUGGUGGUAGCCGUGGUCCACUGGUACCAGCGUCGAGAGCAGGUGCGGCACGUGCCGCCGCCAUCUUGCUUAUAUCGUGUCACCUGCAGGCGACCAAAGGCGGGAACAAGCAUCGACGUACCCUUAGCGACGUAGCUGAGGGAUCGUCCGACGGCCUCGGUUCUCGUCGCCCUAGCUUAACGUCGGUUCACAGUUCGACAUCCUCGGCCCGUAGUUAUAGCGCUCGACGACUCGAAAAGGAGAGAAACGAGAAGGAGCAACGACAGGCGUUGCAGGAACUCAGGCUGGCCAAACAGCGGGAGCAACAGCAGCAACAACAGCAACAGAUCGCCCCUACGCCUAGUCCUAGAACUCCGCACUCUAUGGACGAGCUGUUGCCAUCCGUGGAGGAAGGAAAGGAAGUGUUUUAUAACGAGCAGGUGCCGACGACAUCGAACACGACCGAAGAAACAGCAGCGAAAACAACAGCCAUUACGACAACCAACGUGAACGCGACCAGAUUCGGUGAAAUGGCUCCCGUCACGACCUCGACAACGUCCAUCUUCGAAACGAACAUCGCACCCCGUGCCACCGGUGACAUCUUUCAAGUGUAGUUAAGGACUAGAAAUAUCGACGAAUUUGUAACUCACACGUGACUCGAAUCGAAUGGUUACAAGCCAGUGAAGAGACGUUAGUAAAUUCAAUACACGAACACGUAGCAGCACAAUUCCGAAUCGUAUAAAACAAAAACAAGAAGAUAAUGUCCCGAGUUUAAGGAAAAAAGAGAAAAUAAAUAAAUAAAUAAAAUGGCUGAAAACGUCAUGCGCCUAAGAGAUAAACGGCUGAAACAAAAGGAAGUGCACGUGUAAGAUGCUCUGUCACGGACGCGGUGCUCGAAUGAGAAGAAACUGUAGACAAAAGGUACAAAGAAGAUCGCUAAAUUGUUAAAGUUGAAGUUUUGCUUGUGCCACGCGCGAAAGCCUAGAAUUUACUCUAAAAUGAUACGUUUUUAUUAAAUCUAGGUGCAAAAUGAUAUAUACCUGGACGUUAAGCCAGCUCUGAAUAUUUAAAAAAUGAGUAUAAAAACGCGAGAUCGAAUCGAAGUAAAAUCGUUCAGUGCUAAAAUACGUAAGAUUCGGGAGUAUAUGUAAAACCUGGACGUAGGUGCGGGGGAAUACGAAGUUGUACCUGAAUAUAGAGGUGCGUACCGUGUAUUUAAGGGUUCAGAAAUUUUCAGCGGAAUUCUGAUCCGGUAGCGGAGGAUUCUUUGUCCGUAAUGGUUACAAAAUUCAGAUGACAUCUUUCGGAUAAUUUACGUGCGUUAUAAAUCCCGAGAGUAUAAUUUCUAAACGACGAGAAAUUCUUCAAUCGAAUGCUACUUCUAAAUAGAAUUUCCUAAUUACGAAA